UAAGGGGCGAGAAAACAUGAACAGCAUCGUUUCUGGUGUAAAGGAUAAAUAAAACACGUACGUAAUAUAUAAUAAUAUGACGUAAGACACAAUAUUUACCGUUAAGGAGUCGAUCCUUUUAUGAAAAACGUACCUUUAAGAGGUUUGAAGGCUUAAUGUGUUAAUUUAGGCACGAGACGCUAUUAUUUGAAAGCAGAAUGAUUUUAGUUUCAGUUUUAUCCUCAUUUAUUACACACAAUAAAGAGUUUCGUGCUUUCGUUGCAGUAUUGGUGUAUUUACGUCUUUGUGAUGGUUUUUUGAAGCGUUAAAAUUCAUUGACAGGUGAAUUAGCGCCACCUGCUGGACUGCGCUUUACUGGCAGUUUCCAGUAAUUAUGCUCGAACAAAAAUAUCAACAGUGCGUAUACAGUAUAUUUAUAUAUCAUGGGUGACAUGUAGAAAUAUAUGAAGUCUGUAACAAAGCAGGUUUUGUUAAAAUCUGUUAAAUAUAAAGUAAGUUUUAGCCGAUUUUAUGAACGUAGACAAGCACCACUUUAUACACCUCAUUGACUUCACGACUACAGCUGACCUUUCCAAUAUGGCAGGCGUGUUGUCGUGACCUAGCAGAUAGCACCUGCAAUAUGGCGGGAGUUUAAGUUCUCUGCCCUCUGGCGGAUUGAGGCGGAAGUGCAGCGGAAUAAAAACGCCAUCAGUGAGGGGAGUGACUGUGACCAGCUGCAGUUAGCAUCAAUCUACUGUUUUAGAAAAAUAAAAAUAAAAUUAAAUAAAAUGUCCGACGAUGAGAAGUUACCGCCCGGGUGGGAGAAGCGCAUGAGCCGGAGUUCAGGCAGGGUGUACUACUUUAACCACAGUACGAAUGCAAGUCAGUGGGAGCGGCCGAGUGGGGGCGGUGGUGGGGGGGCGGCGGUGGAAAAGGUGCGCUGCUCUCACCUGCUGGUCAAACACAAUCAGUCGCGCCGACCGUCGUCAUGGAGACAAGAGAACAUCACACGCACCAAAGAGGAAGCUCUGCAGCUUAUACAUGGGUAUAUAGAUCAGAUAAAGUCCGGUGAGGAGGACUUCGAGACAUUGGCGUCUCAGUUCAGUGACUGUAGCUCUGCACGCAAUGGAGGAGACCUCGGCAUGUUCGGCAGGGGUCAGAUGCAGAAGCCUUUUGAAGAAGCCUCAUUUGCGCUGAAGAUCGGAGACAUGAGCGGUCCGGUGUUUACUGACUCCGGGGUUCACAUCAUCCUGCGUACAGGAUAACUCUCAUCCCUUCCUUCAUCAAUCCCUCCAUCCAUCCAUCCCUCUCUUUCUGUCUCUUAUUCCACUUUACUUAAGUCCAUGGACUUCAAUCCAACACACACGCGUGCGCUUUUCCCCUUGAGUUACACACACACACACACACCACACACACACACACACCACACAGUCACUUUCAAGUUGUUUACAAUAAAGCAUCUGUAAUAAAAAUAAAAAUAGUAGAAUGAAAGUCACUAGAUCAGAUUUCAUCAAAGCCCUGAUUGGAUUUUCCUGCUCACCUUCAUCACGAUGUGUCCUGGACACGACAUGUCCAACCUGCAGCCGUGGAGAAUGACCAAUAAAUAUGAUCACAUGAUGAA